AUGGGCCUUUGUUUUCUUUGCAAUAUCAACACCAUAGAUCCCAAACACUAUUAUUUCUUCAUUCUUAUAACUAGAAUAGGUGUUGUGGCUAAACCUUGUGCUGAGUUUGUUGCUGGAGUACUUGCAAUAUGGUUAAAUGCAGGUGUAGCUGUUCCACUUGCACUCAGUUACCCUGAAGCUGAGUUGUUACAUGUCAUGACUGACUCGGAUGUGUCCAUGAUUUUGAGUACUGAUGAUCACAGGGAGCUUAUGCAAAAAGUUGCAGCUAAAACUACAGCUCAAUUUUCUCUAAUACCAAAUGUUCCUACUAUGACUUCACAAGCAGUAGAUAAUGGUGUUGUACAUCAAAAAGAGAAUGUAUUUGCAAAUAACAUAAAAGACGAUGAUCCAACAUUGAUUUUGUAUACUAGUGGAACAACUGGGAAACCUAAAGGAGUUGUUCAUACACACAGUAGCAUUUUAGCACAGGUUGAAUUUAUGUCAAAGUUUAGUGUGAUUGGUAUUUGGAAAAUAUGGCGUGAAUCUUACCCAAAAGAUGUCUUUAGUGGUCGUGGCCAAGAGCAUCAAGCAGAUUCAUCUAAGGAUCUGUCUUCUAAAAUAAGGUUAGCACACUUUUCAUCAGUAAUGCCCUUUUUGUUGGUGAAAUUACCCAUCUGCCCUUUUGGAUCAGCUUGGAACACGCGUCCACCGCUUGUCUCAGUUACGUGA